GAUAUCAUUUAUGCUAGAAACAAAGCUAAGUUUGAUCAACCAGAGAUUUUGCUUGGAACUAUUCCAGGUAUAGCACACAUAAAUUACCCACAGAAACAACUUUAUCAGUUUGCACAAUAAGAAAAUAUAAUAUAUUCCACUGACCUUGAUUAAAAUAUCAGAGAGCAGAAAUAAGCUACAAGAUAGCAGAUGAAGAAAAUGAAAAUUAUGUCUUCUCCUUUCCAAGAUUUUAUUUUAUACUUCUUAAGAGUAUUAGUCAUUAACCCUUUACACCCGAACAUCAGUCUGCAAGUUCUCCAUACUUUUCUCCUUACGUUUCCUAAUGUGCUGACGAGGAGAAUUUGUUUAACAAUCAAGAGCUUGUUUGAUUGAUGAUCAUUUCCUUUAUUCUCAUGACUUUAAUGUGUGAUUCAGGGGUGAUAUUGUAAGGAGAAACUAGAUGCUAAUCACUCUUUGGGGUAAAAAAGUUCAAAUUUGCUUUAACUUAAAAAAAAGUGAUCUGAUUUGAAGAAGUAAAGACUUGUAAUCAGGAAAGAUUAUAGGAGUAAGAUGGCUUUCAGUUUUAUGAAAUGGAUAUUUUUUUUAUUCUAGACUCUCUUAUAUUGCUGCUUUUAUGUUCUUUAACCCUUUAACUCCCAUGAGUGACCAAGACAGAAUUUCUCUUUACACUAUCAAUACAAUAUUAACCAGAUAAGUGGUGAGAAUAAAGAAAAAUUUCAAUUUGGGGAUAAUUAGUUAAUCCAAUAUUAAAUUCUUUAAACUAAAGUUAUAAGAAUUGUAUGGUUCACAAUAGGUAGAAUUACAAAUUUGAUCUGGGAGUUAAAGGGUUAACUGUGUCAAGCUUAAGUUUGUGCUUAAAGCUGCAACUAACUCGAAGAUUUCUUUCAUUUUUUUAGGUGCCGGUGGUACACAGCGACUUCCAAGAGCUGUUGGGAAGUCCCUGGCUAUGGAAAUGGUACUAACAGGAGAUCCUAUUUCAGAAGAAGAUGCACAGGAAUCAGGUUCAUGUUCCUUUCCACUUAGCUCCUAAUUUUGACCAGUUGUUCAUCAUUACCUCUUUACCUUACAAAAUCGAUCAACAUACAACCUCUCCCUGUAAUAUUCAUACAUCAACCAGCAAACGGGUAGUGAGAAUAUUAAAACUUAUCAGUUCAAAGUUGUAAUUUUGAUCUAACAUCAAACUCUCGUAAAAAGGAAAUGUGUAGCAGCUAGAGGGGAGAAUUAACAAUCAGAUCUUGGGGGUUAAAGGGUCAAGGAGGGAGGUACUUAGCAUCGUAAGUCUUCCCGGUGGCACAAGGAAAUUCUCACACAAAUUAUUGAGAAAUGUGUACAGUACUUCCACAUCAUCAAGGACUACAACGGAGACACACUGUUUUAUGCUAAACACUUGUGUAAGCCUGCAAAAUUUGAGUUAAAGUCGUAGAUUUUCCCCCUCUGUUUGUUAGCAUUUCCGCGAAGGAACCGUUCACUUCCUAAGACGUUUUUUAGAGUUUACUUACACUUGCAUGUCUUCAGUACUCCUCUCUUAUUAAAAGCUCUCGGAAAAAAGUUAUUUGCACCAACCUUUCUCUUCGUGUUGAUUCGAGUAGAUUUGCUCUAUAUACUUUUUUCAAAAAUUCGUAGUUGAGGCCGCGUUACUUCAAAUUGUUCAGCUAGGUUAAAGGACUAAACUGUGAACUUGGGGCAUGCCCUCCUGUGAUAAAACUGGUGCACACUCAUUCUUAAGAUGUUUCUUUACCCAGAUUCAAAUUCAAAUUACAGAAUUAGACAGUUUUCCUAUUUUUUAUUAGGCCUGGUUAGUAAAGUCUUCCCCGCAGAAGAGCUCGUAAAUGAAGCUAUCAAGACAGCUGCUAAAAUAUCAUCCUUGUCGAAGACCGCUGCGCAGAUCGCCAAAGAAGCUGUCAACACAGGUAUUGCCUUGGCAGUUGUAACCGUCCCACUGGCUGCUUCUUGCUACGAGUUAUACUUCGAUUAUUCGAAGGAUUUUAUGUCUACUGCAAUCGGCGUUUAUCUUGUCCAUCGCUAGUCGUUUCUUGUUGGUUUAGUAGUUAAUCUCAAAACAAUUAUCUUUUCUAUUUGACCGUUCUAUUGCGAGACUAUUUUGAGAGUUCCUUAGACCGUUGAAUUUCCCAAAUGUCUUUUUGUUCAGGCGUCUGAAAUCCUUUUUUUCCUCUUUUAUUUCUUAGGCUACGAGAUGUCACUGGCAGAAGGACUGCAUUUUGAGAAAAGAAUGUUUCACUCAACAUUUUCAACAGUAAGUUAAUAUUGAUCGGCGUUUACACUUGAAAGAAGACGGCAAUUGCAAUACAAAGUGGUAAAGCCACUCAACCAUUUCCCGAAAACAUAUCACCUACUCUCUCUGAUUUAGAGCAAUCCACUGAACUCUUCACGUCUUCUGCGCAACCGAAGUAAGUUCAAUUUAAAACAUGAAAAUGUUCCUAUGUUCUCACCAAAAGCGCAGCUCCAUCUUUCUGCAUGUAAACUACACACCACCCACAAUUCCUCUAUUCGCUCUGACGAACAGCUAAGGCUAGGAACGUCAGCUUUAGAAACUCUCUAUGUUGGCCACUUUGCAUUAUCAACGCUUUUGAUAAAAGUUAUCUUUGUGAUACCCCACCCGCCGCAGCACCACAGUUUCUCUAGAAACUUACCCCGUCUAUUCGAUUGUUACCAUGGUGAUGAAUAACAGUAUAGUGAACUUGUAAAGACUUGCGAUGAAACUUUCCCUAAGGAAAAUUUUCUCCUUUUCUUUCAUUUCGCAGGACGAUCGAAAGGAAGGGAUGACAGCUUUUGUAGAGAAACGAAGAGCCGAAUUCUCGGACAAUUAG